AUAUUUAUAGAUAUACAUCAAUACAUAUUUUUUGUAGACUAAUAAUAACAAGUUGAAAAUUUUGGAAACUGACAACCAUACAUAAACAAACAAUAAAAUAAAACCCCACAAACAUUACUCACCACAAAUUUUCAUUAAUUCCUAUGUUUUCAAAAAAACCACAACUAAAGAAGAUACCAGAAUUUGUCUGCAGCUGCUGAUCCUUCUUGUUACUGAAACUAGAGGUUGACUUUUCAAAAAUGGAGGAAGAUAGAGAGUCAAUAAGAUAUUGGUGUCAUCAAUGUGAGAGGCCAGUAGUUCCGAUUUUAGGUAUCGAAACGGUUAAAUGUGGUUCUUGUAAUGGCGAAUUUAUCGAGGAAAUGGGCGAUCACCUCCAUCAGGGUGGUGGUGGUGGUUCUGACCCGGAUCUUGACCCGGACCGGGCAGUUUCUCUAUGGGCUCCAAUCUUGUUAGGUAUGAUGAAUAAUCCUAGACGUCGUAGGAGAUUUACCCACAUUGAGUUUGAUGACGAUGAGGAGGAACGUCAAGUAGAGCGUGAUGAUGAUGAUUCGUAUGAACGUUAUCGUCGUUAUCAGUUUCAGGAUCCUCGUAUGGGAGGAGACUCUGAUUUGGACCGUGAGUUUCAGACGGUUAUUAGGAGGAGAGAUAGAAGGCCUUCUGCGAUUUUGCAGCUUCUUGAAGGUGUUAGAUCAGGGAUGGUAUCUGAAUCUGAAAACAAUAGGGAUAGGGAGAAUGGAACGGAUGGUAAUAGGGAACGUGUUAUUUUGAUUAAUCCGUUUAAUCAGACUAUUAUUGUUCAAGGUGGAGGUGGUAGUGGCAGAAAUAGGUCACAGACUCACCCGAUUGGUUCUUUGGGUGAUUACUUUUCGGGACCUGGGUUAGAGUUACUGUUGCAGCAUUUGGCUGAGAAUGACCCGAAUAGAUAUGGGACUCCACCAGCAAAAAAAGAGGCGGUGGAGGCAAUACCGAAUGUGACAGUUGAGGAAAAUUCAGUUCAAUGUUCAGUAUGUUUGGAUGAUUUUGAGGUUGGAGCUGAAGCUAAAGAAAUGCCUUGUAAACAUAGGUUUCAUAGUGAAUGUAUCUUGCCAUGGCUCGAGCUUCAUAGCUCGUGUCCUGUUUGCAGGUUCGAGUUGCCUUCUGAUGAAUCAAAAUUACACCAAGAUCAAGAAGGGUCUGGUGGUGAAUCCGAGAAUGCUGGGAACAAUAGACGAUUUUCUGUUUCUCUCCCUUGGCCUCUUAGCAGCUUAUUCUCGUCAACAAGUGGGCCUGAAAGUGGGAGCUUGGUGACAUCAACAUCAGCAUCAGGUUCUAGUUCAUCUCCACAAGAUCAUGAACCUCAUGGUGAGGAAGAUCACUAGACUGCCCUAGGCGACCCGUUUAAGUUCCCUGCUCGUUUUCUUGGAGCUUGGUGAAUUCAAAAUCAGCAUCGGGUUCAAGUUCAACUCAACAAGAUCAUGAACCUUACGGUGAUGAAGAUCAUCAUUAGGCUGACUCUCAGCCUGCGUAAGUUCCCUACUCGUAUUAUAGGCUUUCUGCUUUGUUACAGUCCCAUGUACAUUAAUUAAUAAGUGUAAUAUUGACAGAGUUGAAUUGCCUAUUUCCAUCGACCUGUAUGUAUUAUAUAAAUUAUCUUCCUUUGUUGGUCUAACAAUGUUAUGGAUCAUUUGUUCUUGAUAUGUACCGUGUUGGCUCAUUAA